UUUCGAGUGUCAAUACCAGACCUUGGACCGUCAAACCCUUACUCUUUCUAAAUAUGCUAUCGUUCCCCCGGAUUCGGAGACUCUGACAUCGGAUAAGGAGCAGGAGUCAACCCCCACGCCGGAUAGUCCUGCAGUAGAGGAAUCGGAUCCCCAGCCCUCAGACGACUCCCCCGCAUCAACUGCAGGUAAGUCCGUGUCAGCAAUACGUAUUCCUGUAGAUGUUCUUUUCUUUUCUCUUUUCUUUUCUUUUCUUUUCUCUUCGUUUUAGAUAGACGGUCUAUUGUUAAUGAGACCAUUAGAAGAGCCGACGGGUUCAUCAGAUGAUACCCCCCCAGUCGAACCCACAAGCGCCCCCGAAGGCGACGAUGCCACCCCAAGCCCCGAUGAUGCCGAUGCCACCACAGAUAGUCCGGCAGACUCGCAGGAGCCUCCUGUAGAGGCUGACCCUGCCUCUGAGGCCACCGCAGAUUCUCCGGCAGAAGCCAAGGAGGCCCCUGUAGAGGACAACUCCGCUCCGAAUCCAGAUGACGCCCAGGCCAGUACAGAUCCUCCGCCUGAGGCAGCCCAAGAGGGUGCAGAGCCUGCAGAGCCUACUGCUGAAGAGCCUGCAGUAGAAGAAGCUCCUGCUGAAGCUCCUGCUGAAGAGCCUACAGUAGAAGAGCCUGUUCCCGAAGAACCUGCUGCCGAGGAGGUUCCUGCCGAAGAGCCAGUAGCUGAAGCUCCUGCCGAAGAGCCUGCAGUUGAAAAGCCUGCCGAAGAGCCUGCGGUAGAAGAGCCUGUCGAAGAAUCUCCUGCUGAAGAAUCUCCUGCCGAAGAGCCUGCAGUUGAAGAGCAUGCUGCCGAAGAAUCUCCUGCUGAAGAGCCUGCUGCUGAAGAGCCUGCAGUAGAAGAGCCUGCAGUAGAAGAGCCUGCUGCCGAAGAAGCUCCUAGUACUGAAGAACUGCCUGCUGAGGAGCCUGCUGCCGAAGAACCGCCUGUUGAAGAACCUGCUGCUGAAGAGGCCCCUGCUGCUGAAGAACCUGCUGAAGACCCGCCUGUUGAAGAAUCGCCUGUUGAAGAAUCGCCUGUUGAAGAAUCGCCUGCUGAAGAACCUACCGAAGAACCGCCUGUCGAAGAAUCGCCUGUUGAAGAGCCUGCGGUAGAAGAACCUGUGGCAGAGGAACCCGUGGCAGAGGAGCCCGUGGCAGAGGAGCCCGUGGCAGAGGAGCCCGUGGCAGAGGAGCCCGUGGCAGAGGAGCCCGUGGCAGAGGAGCCCGUGGCAGAGGAACCCGUGGCAGAAGAACCUGCUGCUGAAGUACCUGCUGCUGAAGAACCUGUCGAAGAACCUGCCACUGGAGAAGCUCCUGCCGAUGAACCUGCUGCCGAAGAGCCUAACGUCGAAGAAGCUCCUGCUGAAGAGCCAGUGGAUGAAGUUCCUGCUGAAGAAAUUCCUGCUGAAGAGGCUCCCGCUGCAGAAACCACAACUGAAGAGCCCGCUGCUGAAGAGCCAGUAGCUGAAGCACCCCCUGCCGAGGAGCCUACCGCUGAGGAGCCUGCUGCUCCAGAGCCAGUGGUAGAAGAGCCUGCCGCCGAAGAGCCCGCCGCUGAAGAGAACAAUUCUCCCGAGGAAGAGACCUCCGCUCAGUCUGACGAAGCGGCCAGUAAUGACGAUGAGUUUCCUGACAUCGAUCCAGAAGCCGAGUCAGAUAAAGUGGAGGCAGAGAAAGCAGAGACUGCCAAACAGGCCGCUGAAGAUGCCCGGAUAGAGGCAGAGGAAGCCGCUAAAGUAAAGGAGCUUGAGGCUGAUGGAGUCGAAGACUGGGUCUCCGCCGGGCAGGAAAACGAGGUAGACCAUGAACCGACACCGGAUCCUGAGCCUGCUGAAGAGACCCAAGCGGAAUCAACUGAAGAGCCAACUACAGAGGAAUUUGCUGAAGAACCCGCCGCCGAAGAGCCUGCAGCUGAGGAAGUCGUUGAAGAGCCUGCUGCUGAAGAGCCCGUCACCGAGGAGCCUGCCGCCGAAGAACCUUCAGCUGAAGAGCCAGCGGCAGAAGAACCUGCUGUUGAAGAACCUGCUGCUGUAGAAGCUCCUGUCGAAGAGCCUGCUGCUGAGGAGCCAGUGGCUGAAGCUCCUGCCGAUGAUCCUCCUGCUGAAGAGCCUGCUCCUGAAGAACCUGCUGCUGAAGAGGCUCAUGUCGAAGAGCCCGCCACUGAGGAGCCUGCCGCUGAAGAGCCUAUUGCUGAGGAGCCUGUCGCUGAGGAGCCUGUUGCUGAGGAGCCUGCUGCUGAAGAAGCUAUUGCCGAAGAAGCUCCUGCUGAAGAACCUGUUGCUGAGGAGCCAGUGGCAGAAGAACCUGUGGCUGAGGAGCCUGUGGCAGAAGAGCCUGUGGCAGAAGAGCCUGUGGCAGAAGAGCCUGUGGCAGAAGAGCCUGUGGCAGAAGAGCCUGUGGCAGAAGAGCCUGUCGCUGAGGAGCCUGUCGCUGAAGAAUCUGUGGCAGAAGAGCCUGUUGCUGUAGAACCUGCUGCUGAAGAAGCCCCCGUCGAAGAAGAUCCUGCCGAACCGCCCAUCGAAAAAGCUGUCGAGGAAGUCACCGAAGAAGCUCCUGCUGAAGAACACGCUGAGGAAGCACCAACUGAAGCGAUUCCUGCUGAAGUGCCCGCUGAGGCAUCGGUAGAGGAGACACCAGCCCAGGAGCAGGCUCAGGAGGUCCCUUCUGAAGAACCUCCGGUAACAGAAGAUUCAGUCGAGGAAGCCCCGGGAGAAGAAAUCAUUGCUGAAGAACCUUUUGAAGCACCUGUUGAAGAGCCUCUCGAAGCACCUUUUGAAGAACCUUUUGAAGAGCCUCUUGAAGAAGAAAUGGCUGAAAGGGAACUAGAAGAAGAGGAACUGGCCGACGAGUUUGCGCCUCAGGAAACCGGCGCAGUAAUUGAUGACCGAGAAGAAAGCUCUUCGCGAGAAGGCUCCGCAGCAAAUAACUCAGAUAAUCAUGUGUCCGGUAGCUCAAAAAGAAGAAAGAGACGAACAUCUACUAUGGACCGAGAGCAACGGCAUUCGAGGGGUUCCAAUGACGGCCAAAAGGCUCAGCUUGAACGCCAGAAGAGCGAUCGGGGGAUCUUCACGAAUCGAUGGGCAAAGGCUUUGGAAGAGGCGCGACGACAACACGAUGAAAAGCUCAAGAAGGAUGCCCACCGCCAGCGAAGGGACAAGGACAAGGAGGUUGUGCGAGAAAAGGAGCGAACGGCGUCUGACAAGCCUAGACGAACCGAGCGGACCGAGAAGGAGAGGGAAUCAUCAUCCAGCAAACACAAGCGUCGGAGCGAAGAGCAACCUAGAAGUCAUGAUCGUGAACGGCGAGAGGAGCCGUCCUCGAAGCCCGGGUCAUCGGGAAAUGGCACCCAACGAACUUUCUUGAGAUACAUGAAGACGGCCGAGUCAGACAAUCGUCCACUGCUGACAAUCAACGCCACCAAGGCCGCAGCGCCGGUGCAAGACCCGAAACGACGGGCUUCAACAACAAACGGUCACUCCAGCCAACAUCGGAGCGACCACCGUUCUCACGAUGAAAAGAGGUCAUCCGGGCGUUCCAGUGGCUCACACGAGGAUGAGGACAACGCCCGACGUGAGGCGAGAAGAGCGCGCCGGAAGGCCGAGCAGGAGGCGGAAUUGAAGUCAAGAGAGGAGCAGAAGCCAAAGGAGGAGCAUAGAUCAAGGGAGGAGCGUAAGUCAAGGGAGGAGCAUGGGUCAAGGGAAGAAGACCAGCCAUCAUCCAGCCGCCAUGUCGGAGAGAGCCAUCGUCGUCACCGGCGGAAACGCGAAGAGUCGCCUCCGCGAGAGUCGAGGCUGAAGAGCUUUUUCAAGUCCACAAUUGCAGCCCAUUGAGGGAGAAAGGCUUGGUAUCAACGGUUUAAUAUCCUAUUUUUUUUUCUUUUUUUUCCUUUUUCCAUUCUCACCUUGUCCUUUACUUUGGAAAUUUUCUUCAACAUCCCUUUACUUUUUGUCUCUUCAACCUUGUCAUUAUCAAUUUGUGUUCUAGCGU